GCGACGCGGGAGUCCCCCCUCCCCCGGCCGCGCGCAGGAGGAGGCGGCGCGCGCUGCCGCCGGGCGCGCCCGUCCACGUGGAGACGGCAGUGUUCGUGGACAAGGACCUGUUCGCGCACAUGGCCGCCAACUACCCCGACGACACGGAGCGCGAGCUGGUGCGCGUCGUGCUGGCCAUGGUCAACGCGGUGCAGCUGUUGUACCACGACCCCUCGCUGGAGCGCCAGGUGAACUUCGUGCUGAAGCGGGUGGAGAUCCUGCAUGUGGACCCGGCGGGCCUGCGCCGCUCCCACGACAUCGACCUGUUCCUCAGCAGCUUCUGCACGUGGCAGCACGGGGAGAACCCCCCCGGGGACGGGGACCCCCUGCACUGGGACCACGCCCUCAUCCUCACCGGCCUCGACCUCUACGUCGUCAGCAAGAGUGGCAAAGUCAGCAACCAGGUCGUGGGACUGGCUCCAGUGGCCGGCAUGUGCACAGCGACCAGCAGCUGCACGGUGAACGAAGGCCGCCACUUCGAGAGCGUGUACGUGGUGGCGCACGAGAUAGGGCACAACCUGGGGAUGCGCCACGACGGGCCCCUGGCAGACAACGACUGUGACCCCAGCAGCUUCAUCAUGUCGCCCACGCUCGGCAGCGGCAAGAUCACGUGGUCGCCGUGCAGCCGGCGCUACCUGGAGAGGUUCCUCGAGACGCCUCAGUCGCAGUGCCUCGUGGACCGGGGCAGCCCCGUCAGCCAGUUGGACCACAGCGCGGGCGGGGUCCUGCCCGGGGAGAGGUUCACGGCAGACCAGCAGUGCAUGCUCAAGUACGGCCGCGGCAGCAUCCACUCGCCCCAGCAGCCGGUCGCGGACGUGUGUCGGGACCUGCACUGCCAGAGGGACCGCUACACCUGGACCUCGCACCCCGCCCUCGAGGGCACAGCCUGCGGCGGCCGCAAGUGGUGUCGCAGCGGCCGGUGCGUGAGCCAGGGGCUGUCUGCGUUGCAAGCGGGAUUCCUCCCUCACCAGAAAGUGGACGGCUCGUGGAGCAACUGGUCGUCCUUCUCGGACUGCGCUUCCGGCUGCCUGUUUGGUGACGACGGGCGGCUGCAGUUUGGCAGCUCGGGCAUCAUGGUGUCGACGCGGCGCUGCAACAACCCCAGACCCGAGAACGGAGGAUUGCCGUGCAGUGGAAGCGACAGGCGAUUCCGCACCUGCAACGCAGAUCAAUGCGGCAACGUCCAGCGAACCACCAUCAGGGACUUUGCAAACAAAAUCUGCAGAACGGCUCAGGAAAUCGACUCGGAUCUGCUGGGAACUGGACUGCAGAAGAGCAGCUCUGAUCCGGAGGACGCAUGCACCGUGUGGUGCUACAAGCGGAGCGGCGGCUCCAAGAGUCGAGGGUGGACCUUCCCCGAUGGCACCGCCUGCCAGAGCCACCGCUUCCGCUACAGCAAGAGCAUGUACUGCAUCGGCGGGCGUUGCGAGGAGUUUGUGUGCGACGGCCACGACGCGGCCAUGUACAGCGUCUCGCCGGACCGCUGCCCCCGGCCGGUGAACCAGCUGUUCGGCCGCACCAAGGGCCGCAGGCGGGACGUGGCGGAGCCCCGCGCCUCGUGGGCCCCGGCCAGCGGCUGCCACUUCAACUGCAUGGCGCCGGCCAGCGGGCUGCGGCUGGUCGUGGGCAAGCACCGGCGCUGCUGGCCGCCCGACGACUGCGAGAGCAGCCCCGUCACCAGCGUGCAGCUGUGCCAACCCGACAGCUUGGGCUGUGGGCACCUGAAGACACCCUUCGAGCAUGCCACAGGAAUAUGCAGCAAGUACAGGAAGCACGUUCACAAGCUGUCUGGCUUGGGAAUGCAGAUCUCUCCUAACGCAGAAGACCCGGACCGGCCGUGCCGGGUGGCGUGCCAGGACGCCGAGGUGAACCACCGCUUCUACUUGGUGAACGGGGAGGAUGGUUGGUUCCCGUUCGGCACCGACUGCACCAGGGGCGUUCCCGGCCGGAAGGCAUUCUGCAUCAGCGGCAAGUGCUUGGAGUUUGGUCCGAGCGACACUCCGCUGCAAGAGGUGGAGUACGCACUGCCCCUCCUGGGCAGGGGGAAACGCAGCGUGCAGUACAACGUGACCCGAGUGAUGUCUUUGCUGAGCCCGGACCAGCUCAGCCAGAUCAUCUCCCAGCUCAACCUUUCUGGAGCAGGUUUUAACACCGCAUCCAGCAACCACUCUUACUUCAGCAUUGACCUGAACCAUCCGGUCCACGAAGAAAACAACCACCCAGAACUGACUGGAUCGCCAUGGGGGAGAUGAUGACAAAGUCUGGUCUGCCCUGUAGUAACCCAGGUGUCGCAUGCCGUUACGACAGCGUGACCGUCACCUCACCGGCAGUGACGGUGGACCAACGGAGGUGUCGACAGAGGCGCAAGACACGUGCUGUCUUCGACAAAAUAUGUGCAGAAAGGUGACAGGAGGUGGUCUGAAUAUAACAGAGAUGAUAGCUUAUCAAUUAUCAGAGCUGCAGCAAACUGCAUCAGUGAAAGGCGGGGUAUAGCCUAAAGAAAGUUCGUGGGGCCGUGCACAUUGAACCUUUUAAAGUUAUUUGAUAUCAGUAUUUUCUGUGAAAGCAUCGAAUUAACACUUGAAAACAAACUGUCAGAUGUCUCAGCUGUACAACAGUAAAGCAAUGUAUGCCCCAUAGAAUGAUAGGGAUUUAAGUUUAUGUCAUGUAAAUAAAGCUAUGAAAUAAGACUAAAGAAAAGAUGGGUGCAUGUGUUAGAAGUUGAACUUAACACUUCACUGAACCAUAAAAGUAGACACCAAAAAGUAGAACCACAAAGUAGACAUUAACAUAAAUACCACCAUGUGUAGGAAAUGUGCAGUUGGGAGACAGCUGGCUCUGUGCACGAGGAGUGGCAGUCAGCGGGAUGAGUGUGUCGCUGUGGAACUUUACAUACAAGUUUUCUUUUAGCUUUGGUAUGUGAAAACAAAGCUGUCUCAGCAGUUAACUAUUAUUUUUUUUUUAAACUUGCAGAUAUUAAUGUGAUGUAACUACUUGUUCAAUUCAAAAAGUACUCUAUAACAUUCUAAAAAAAAACCACGGACACCAUUGAAAAUGUUGAUACAAGUUUUCACAGUUCUAACUGAAUUUCUUUUUUGUUGCCAGCUAUAUAAGAAAUGAAGCACUAUUGCAUAGCUUCACUAAUGCUUGCUGGAGAGUGAGGAGAAUGGUGCUCAAUAUCCACCCUCCCUCACUGUACCAUUAAGCAUGCCACUCCUGAGCAUUUCACUUUUCUCUACGCUCUGCCGAGUCAUCGCCUCAACUCACCCUGCCGGCGGUUAAGAAGUACACUCUUCAAAAACAUAAUUUUACUGUUCUCGGUAUCCAAACCGGAACAAUUCAAUUAACUGAUCCUGAUAAACUUUAGUGUAUCAUGGUAGCUGACAACACAAGCAUUCUUAAGUAUCAGACUUCUAAGUUUUAAGCCUCAAAAUAAUUUCAGUAUCAAAUAUUAGUCCAGAUUUCAGAUACUUGCCUGAUAAUGUAGAAGAAAAUAACCUUCACAAGAAUUAUUUGUCUCAGUGGAACAACUUAAAGAUAAGUGAAUAUAUAAAAAUAGUGGUUUUUCCAACAAAGAACACUCAAGUGAAACUUUUUUAGUACGAGUAUGAUUGUAGACAUAAGCUGAAUGAACAAUGGACUGGUCCAUUGUGUUUCAGGAUAAUAGUAGUUAGUGAUGGGCAUAUAUACAUAUAUAAACAGAUACUGAUCCAAUUACUGAUACAUUCCUUUAACAGAUCCAAUAACUGAUAGAAAACCGAUUCAAUACUUAUUGUAAGUAAUGAGUGUGUCAAUACCUUAGAGUCUUAGACAUCUUAAUGACCUUUAUUAUAAGGAUUUUUGGUUGAGACAAAAAGUAUUUUACAGCUUAAAAUAUGUGCAUAGCACAAUGCACACUAUACCGUUGACUAAUUAACAAACACAAUAUUAAAGUAUAGCCUUAAUUAUUUGCAAAAAAAACAUUGAGUAAAAUAUGUCUACUGAACUCUAAAUGGUUAAAUAAAAAAGAUAUGGGUGACACCUGAAUGGAUGAAAUUGUACUCUAUUCACGUGUAUUAGUUUUUGAAGUAUUAAUUGGAAACAAUUACAUUCAACCAUCACUAUAAGAAAUAUACCAUCUUUUUACAAAAUAUUUUUAAAUAUUUAAAACCUGUUUUCUUAAAAAUAAUAAUAAAAAAAAGCUCCAGACUAUGAUAUCCCGAAUCUACCAAAUCCCUAUUCUUAGAUUAUGUUAGAGGUAUCCAGUCCACACUUCAGUUAAUCUUUUUUUUUUUUUUGUUCACCUAAGCACUGUGGCAAGGUUCAACUUAUCCAACAUUAUUACAAAACAAUCACACAGUUAGCCAGUUUGAUCUUUCACCCAUUUUUCACCAUUCACAUGAUUUCUAUGGCUGUGAUAUUCUCAGUAGCUUGUUGCAACUUCCACACCAUGAGGGCAGUUGAUACAAGGCUGGAUUACCCCAUCAGCAUGUAGGCCUACCAGAAUGUAUUACAACCAUUGGGACAACAUUUAAAUAUCCCAAAAUCAAAGACAUCAAAUUCAUAUUUUGGUUUUUGAUGUCUACUUCCUUUUGUAAUUCAGAAAUUAAAAUAGACUUUGAAACAUCACAAGCAGCUUUUAAAUGCUAAUAUGCUUAAGUUUUUUUUUAUAGUUUGUCCAUAAAAGAUGCCCCAGUUUUAAUGGUAUAUUAUAACAGUUCAUAUUAGACUAUUUACAUCUAAUCAUACAUAAAAUUGAAGGUAAACAAACCUAGUUUUUUUACGAAUGUUCAAUAUGAGCACUUUUAGAAAUAUGGCAUACAUCAACUUAAAGCCCAAUUCUUCCCACCCUUUGGUUAACACAUCCGGAGUAAUGGCCUCUUAAAUUGUAUGUGUCAACUGUGGCAAAUCAUUAGGUAGCAGCGGAAAGUAGACAACCUUUCACAAAAUACCAAACAUAAAAAAAAUGCAUGGCAUUAUGUCAGAUCAACAUGGGAAAAGGGCUCUGUCAUCUUGACCAUUAGGACAAAUCCAACGGUCAGGGACUUCAACAAUUAAAACUUUAAACGAAACCCACAGUUGAUACUUAUAAAAUUUAUAACUGGGACAUUCUUUUAGGGCUUGUGUAUAUUCCAUUGUCUAUGCUACUAUGCUACAUGUAUUUGUGCUCAUUCCAUAGGAAUAGAAAACUAUAAUCAUUCUUGACUUCAAUUUUCAUGCUUGAGAAGUGUAUAUAUUAAUAUAUAUGUAUAUAUCAUAUAGUAUUUUUUUUUUUUUUUUUUUUUUUUUUUUAGAGCUUUGGUGGCAUUUUGUUAUCUGAAUAGAAUCACAAUAACAAUCCCCACAACAUAAAUAAUGAUAAAAAAAAUAACAUUCAGAAAAGUAUUUACGGAACGACACUUAAGGUAUGCUACGUAUAUUGAGCAUUGUGUUAGCAGCAUUCAUCACAACAAAAAUGUAUACAUGACAUAUUUUCCUAGUACAUAUUGCAAAGAAAUAAUUUGUCCUAGGCUCCUCUCUCAAACCACACUGCUAUGUGCAGUCCUUGUGCAAGGUCAGUUAAACAAUAGUGAAAUUCCAGAUAUCUUGCAAAAGUACAUUUUCACAUCUUCCUAUCACACAGAACUUAUCUUAUAUAGGUAAUACAACAUAGUAAAAGAAAUAUAUGCAUAUAUUCUGUUAAUCUCUCUAUCUCCCCCAUCUUCUUGGCUCCUCUAUGGCAAGGUCAUAUACACCUGUUUAUUGCAUAUGCUCAUAACAUAACUUAAUACUGUUUUCAGCCUAUGUAAUUUUAAUUCACAAUAGUGUUUGCCUUACCUGGCCCCACAUAUGGUAAGCAGAUGUUCAGGGAAAAACUACACAAUUUGAAAACUGCUCAAGAUAUCAAAGCGGUAUGCGUUUACGAGAAGCAUUAAAAAAAUACACUGAGAACAGAUGAGUCGUCUCUCCAUAUUUCGUUUUAAAUUUUUUUUGAAGAGUUAAAAUAUUUUAAAUUUAUUUUAGGCAUGAAACACUUGGAUAGAUUCUUGAAAGCACUAAGGGAACUGAAUCACAGCUUUAUCUUCAUUUCCCUGCCAUAUAAUGUUAUGAUUACAGCUCAGUGCUUGUGCUUGCAAGUGAUACCACACUAGCAGCACCAGCGAGCAUGGCCCUUAUCAUCCCGUCUAACACAGAGCUCGCAGUUACAGGGUUCUGCAAGUUCUUGGCAAGCUCCAAACAUGCACGCAGUAAGCAUCCUUGGUGUUCAAUAGUCCUGUCUGGUCCUCACAAGCAUGGGUAAACCCUAGCAUGCACAGCCAACAUGGACCCUUCCCAAUCGAUGUGGGCGCAAGUUGCUUUUGUUUAGUAACUCGGCUCGCUCCAGAAAUGCAAGUUACUUUAAUUUUAUAAAUAAUACACUCAUUAAAUCUGAUUUAUUCAUAAUAAAUUUUGUACUGAAAUUUUUACAAAGUGCUGAAUAAAGAACCAAAUUGCUAGUGUGAUUAUGAUGUGAAACCAUGGAGGAUUAUUAUUUCAAUCCAAGCAAGUACAUGAUAGUUUAAUUUAAUUUUUUUUAAAUGUUUUAUAGCAACAGUUUAGAUAAUAUAGUGUGUAGGAUUUAUUUUAUAUACAUGAUUAAUUACUUAGAUGCCAGAAAAAAAUGUCUGUGCAAGUCUUUUCCAAUCUGCAUGUGAUCAGUUACGUAACAUGUGAAAACAAGCCAUAACAUGAAUUGCAAAAAUUUAAAUGUGUGAAAGAUACGUUGCAGGAUCCAGUAUUAUAUAAGCUUUGUGAACAAAGCAAUGGGCUGUGUAAAUAAAUUAUGUAAAAUGUGUUUUAUUACUUUCAACUGUAUUUACAUAAUGUCAAUAAAUUUUUUAUGACUUUUCCA